AUGUGGGCAGUCACAGAAGACAGUCUUCACAUCCUACAAACAAAACUUGAGAAACUGUGGUCCUUUCUACAAACCAGAUCAGAUCUCAUCAACGCACAUCUUGUAGACUUCUUCACGGAAGACACCUGGGACAGGCUGGUGCCCAAGGAUCUUCAAGACGAGCUGCUGUCUCUUUCAGACUCUGAUCUUACCUCCUUACCAAGUUUAACAACACUUCAAGGGGAAAGAAAGAAAGCAACAGAAACUGGAGACAGCAAAAGUGGUGAAGAGAAAAGUACUAUUUUAUCAAGUACUAGUAUUACUACAGAGUCAGAAACUACACACAUCUGCGAAUAUAACAAGGGUACAGAAAAGUUAAGUGGAAAAUGUGGCAGUGAAAAAAGCUGCUCACCUCUUGAAAGUUUUAGAACUGAGGCCCAACAGUAUGUGCUAAGCAAUUCAGAGAUCUGCGUAAGCCUUGAAGAAAUCUGGAGGACACUUGGAGUUGACAUUAAGGAAGAAGAUAAGCAGAGGUUUGUUAAGGAGCACAUGUGUGUGAAGAAGUCUCACGAGGUGGAGGUACUGUCAGGUGUGGUGGCUGGGCUGUGUCAUUCAUGUCAUAUAGAUCAGGUUGUCGAUAUAGGAUCAGGUAAAGGAUACCUGAGUGAGUGUUUAUACCUGCAGCAUGGGCUGACUGUACUGGGAGUGGAUGCCUCAGACUCAAACACACAUGGGGCCAAGAAGAGAAACCAACUCCUGGAGAAACAGUGGACCAUAUUGGUCAACAGAGCAAAGACUCCUGCUAAUGGUGAAUGUAGCAAUGUCAGUGAACCAAUAGGAGAAGCUGUCACAAAGAACAGUGAGAGCAGAGCUGAAGACAGGAAAUCAUGUUCUUCUGAAAAUAACUGUACCAAGCAACAAGAAGUUGCAUCUACAACACAAAAACAGACUCAGUGUUCAAAAGCUGGAGACAGGAAGAUGAGAAGCAAAGGGGGAUCUUUUACACCUACAACAGCUUACAUCCAUCCUGACACAGACUUGGCUGCUUUAGUUGGGAUUAGAAACAAUGAUGAAACACUGUCAGAUUUAAGGUUGCUGCUGACAGGUCUGCACACGUGCGGUGACCUCUGCCCCACCAUGCUGCGCCUGUUUGUGACCUGUCCCCAGGCCGCAGUGCUGUGCAGUGUUGGCUGCUGCUAUAACCUCCUCACAGAACAGCAGACAGGAGCUGCAACAGAGAAGUAUGGGUUCCCCCUGAGCCAGUUGUUGCAGACCAGAGGUGUCACCCUGGGCCGUACAGCGCGCAUGUUGUCAUGUCAGGCUGUGGAGAGGAUAGGCACAGAGGGCCGGCUGCCUGCCAUGUCUCUGUUCUACAGGGCUGUGCUACAGGUCAUUGUCAGGGACAAGUUUGGUGCUAUAGACAAGAGCAAAACAGUUGGAAAGGUUGCAGCGAAGAGUAAAGACUUCAUGGACUAUGUAAGACGAGCCCUGCGGAGACUACAGAUGGAACAUGCAGACCUGUCAGAUGAGGAAAUCAACAGCUAUUUUGAGCAGUACGAAGGAAAACUGAGACAUCUGCAGGCAUUCAUACAGCUUCGCGCCUGUCUUGCACCCUGUGUGGAAGCCAUAAUCCUCCUAGACAGACUGCACUUCCUGCAUGAACAGCCAGGGGUCUCUCAUGCUGCACUGGUCCCCGUGUUUGAUCCUGUCAUCUCUCCAAGAUGCUAUGCCCUCGUGGCCAUCAAAGAAUGAUCAUGACAUUCUAA